AUGGCCCCGACGGAAGACCAGCGUUGGCCCAUCAAGGUUAGCGCGUUAGGGAACACGCACCUCACCUUUGAGGAGCUUUCGAGUUUAUUUGCUCAAAUUGAGGCUGUCCUUAACAGUCGUCCUCUCUGCCCCCUUUCCUCCUCUCCCAAUGACUACGCAGCGCUCACACCCGGGCACUUUCUCCUUGGCAGGCCACUGACGUCGCUUCCGGCCCCGGACCUGACAGAAGCCAACACUCGCAACCUGGACCGCUUCAAUCGGCUGGAGCAGAUAAGGCAGCACUUUUGGAAGCGGUGGCAGUCUGAGUACGUCAUGGAGCUGCAGCAACGUUCCAAAUGGAAAACGCGCGCCAGGGAUCUGCAGCAGGGAGACCUAGUACUAAUAAAAGACGAGAAUCAACCCCCACUGUUAUGGCGUCUGGGCAGAGUGGUGAAACUUCAUACUGGCUCAGACGGAGUACCACGGGUCGCUGAUAUUGACACCGUGCGGGGAGUUGUCAGACGGGCUCUGAACCGCAUAUGUCUUUUACAUGAUUCUUGAAAGCAGGGCUUUCAAGGGCCCCCAGCAUGUCUGCGCCGCUGCUUACAACGUCAUCAGACGACCGCGGGGGGAGGAACCCCCGCCACCAGCCGCCGGCGCGCCCGCUACUCUUCCUACUUAUUUGCCUCAGGUCGCCGGACCGAGCACACGCGGCCGCGACCCAUAUUUUUCAUACAUUUUUUAUACUUUGUAAUACCUAGCUAUUAAAGGCUAAGUCCUAUAUUUAAA